GUGUGUUGCAACACGACGGAAUUAUCAGGUGGCACUUCCGGCGAGCCAAGAUGGCUGCGGCCGUUCAGGACUCACGUGUGAGCCCAGGGGAGAUACUGAAGCGUUCUCCGAAGAAGAAGAAAAAGAUGAAGAUGGUAGCCAAGGCUGCAGCGUCGAAGCUAGAAGAUGAGGUCAAAGACUCUUCUGAUGGAGAAGGAAGCUGUGACUCAGAGAUGGACCACUCAGAUGAUGGAGCUGCAGAAGCAGACAGUGAGGACAAUGUUGAAUCCUGUGAGGAAGACAAUGAAGACGCCGCAGAGUCGAGUGCUGGGACCAAUUCAGGCUGGGCAGAUGCCAUGGCAAAAAUCCUUAACAAAAAGACUCCUAAAAGCAAAGCCACCAUCCUCACCAAAAACAAAGAGCUGGAGAAGGAGAAGGAGAAGCUAAAGCAGGAGAGGCUGGAGAAAAGGAAGCAGCUUGAUAAGAAGCGGGAGUGGGAAAUGCUGUGCAGAGUGAAGCCAGAUGUUGUCAAAGACAAAGAGGCAGAGAGGAACCUUCAGAGGAUUGCGACAAGGGGUGUGGUGCAGCUCUUCAAUGCUGUUCAGAAACACCAAAGGAAUGUUGGCGAAAAGGUUAAGGAAGCAGGAGGCUCCGUCCGCAAGCGAGCCAAGCUGAUGUCAACUGUUUCCAAGAAGGAUUUCAUCAGUGUUCUUCGAGGAAUGGAUGGUACAAGUAGGAACAGUCCUGCUGGGAAGAGCCCCAAAGCCAGACAGACUGAAGUGAAAUCAGAAGAGAGCCCAGGGUGGAAGAUUCUGCGAGAUGAUUUCAUGAUGGGAGCCAGCAUGAAGGACUGGGACAAGGAGAGCGAGGGCGAGGAGCCUGCUGGUGGCAGGGCAGAGGCCGCAGCCAGCCGUUGAGCGGCAGACGGGAGCAUCCAGCUCCGCUGCAAAUGACCCGACGGUUGGGAGCCUGCGCAUGGCCAUCUGCCAAAUGCUAGGACUUCCUGAGAACCUGUGCUCUAGGGUUCCUCAGGUGCAGACUGUAUUAAAGCUGUAUUUUUAAUUCUUACAGAAAUUUAACCUGUUUUUCUAAAAUAUUUGUACAGAGAAAUAUUUUUUUUCUUGAGCAGUAAACUGCAAUUUUCUAGGAUCCUUUGCUGUGGACACAUGCCCAUCAUCCAUCAGGGUUUCUAAAGUGCGGUCCCAUUUAUAAUUAAAGUGAAUUUGAUAUGAAA